CAUCCCCGCCCACUGGCAGGAGAGCUCCCUGGGCCGCUGCACGCGCGCGCUGGGGGCCAUAAAAGCAGCUGAGGAGCCGAGACGCGGAGCUCACCCACCCGGCCAAGCUGUGAUCCAACCAUGCACGUGAACGGCAAAGUGGCGUUGGUGACCGGCGCAGCUCAGGGCAUAGGCAGAGCCUUCGCGGAGGCGCUGCUGCACCACGGCGCCAAGGUAGCCCUGGUGGAUUGGAAUCUUGAGGCAGGUGUAAAGUGUAAAGCUGCCCUAGACGAGCAGUUUGAACCUCAGAAGACUCUCUUCAUCCAGUGUGAUGUGGCUGAUCAGGGACAAUUGAGAGACACUUUUAGGAAAGUUGUUGACCAUUUUGGAAGAUUGGACAUUUUGGUCAAUAAUGCAGGUGUGAACAAUGAGAAAAAAUGGGAACAAACUCUACAGAUUAAUUUGGUUUCCGUUAUCAGUGGAACGUACCUUGGUUUGGAUUACAUGAGUAAACAACAUGGAGGUGAAGGUGGCGUCAUUAUCAAUAUGUCCUCCAUAGCAGGACUCAUCCCUGUUGCUCAACAACCUGUUUAUUGUGCUUCAAAGCAUGGCAUAGUCGGAUUCACACGCUCAGCAGCGAUGGCUGCUAAUCUUAUGAAAAGUGGUGUAAGGCUGAACGCCAUUUGUCCAGGGUUUGUCAAAACACCCAUCCUCGAAUCCAUUGAAAAAGAAGAAAAUAUGGGCCAAUAUAUAGGAUAUACAGAUGAGAUCAAAGCUAUGAUGAAAUCCUUUGGAGUUUUAGACCCAUCAGCAAUUGCCAAUGGAUUAAUCACACUCAUUGAAGACGAUGCUCUAAAUGGUGCCGUUAUGAAGAUCACAGCCUCUCGAGGAAUCCAGUUUCAAGAUUAUGACACGGCUCACCUUUUGUAAAAAGUCCGUGAACAACAUAAGCAUCAUCCAUAACUGAAAAUAAGCACAAAUGACUUACAUUCAAACAUUUUUGCCUUAAUAUAGCUUUUUAAAUGAAAUGAUAUAGUCUGAAACUUUCCUUCGUGUAUGAGGUGUUAAUAUUUUUUCUAAAUGAUUAGUUUAAGUGUAUAAAUAGAGAUAUGUGAUAAGCUAGCAAAAUUACACUGCAAAUCAAAACUAGGUUAUGGCCUACAUAAUCUAAGUAAAACAAAGAAUAUUCAUGAGUUAUUAUGCCUUUCAGAAAAUAUAUUUAUAACUUUGGCUCAUAAAUAUUAAUGUUUUUCAGAAAAUCACCUUAAAGGAGAUACUUGAACUGUUUUUUUAAAUCAAAACAGAUUUUAAAGACUCAUUUUGUUUCUAUGUUUGCACUUCAAAAGAGGGACGUACUUAACAGUGGAAAAUAUUUAGUAAUAAUUAUUUUUACUUAUACACAAUCUUUAAGCUAAAUAUUUCUGUGAAGAUGUGGCAUAUUUGUGGCCAGUGGUUAGGGAAUAAAUUACAGAAUAACUGUAUCCCAAAUGAAAAAUCCAAUGUAUGGAAAAUUGACAGAAUGUUACUGACACUGAUGAUUCAUAGUCCAGCCUCAAUUUAAAGAACAGUUGUUUUUGCUUUAAAAUAAAAUUUAAGAAAAUUAAUGGAUUCCAAAAAUCCUCAGGAAUUAAGCUUUUAACAGUUAUAGUGAACUACAAGACUUGUCAAAUUGUUUAUGUACUAUAUUUCUUAUUAAGAAAUAAUGCAAAUGUGCUUUUGAGAUUAUUUUUGUUUGUGCCAAUUUAAAAAGUGCCUACCUUUCAAUAAACCUUUUGUAUUCGAAUUUGCAUGAAUUGCCUAAUCUUUUACAUAUAGCUAAUGAGAUAACAAAACCAAUUCUGCCAUAGCCUAGACUGAAAAUUUUUUUUUGUGCAUAUGCUGAAAUUCAUAGUAACAUAGUUAACAAUAGCCGUGUUAUGCUUGUUUUAUUUUCAGAGAUUUUUGGACAGGAUCAUAAAAUGUACCUCUUUUAAGUAAUACUCCUUCCAAGUUGUCAUUAAUAGUAAUAAAAUUUGAAGGACAAGAUUUCCAAAUCAGACAUUUCCUCAAAGAAAUGUGUAAUUCACUGUAAAAUCCAGGCUUCUCAGCUUGGAACAAAAUCCAUCCAUGUGAAAUUGUUGAGGACUUCCCAGAGACACUAGAAUAUUAACAUAUUUUAAUUCUGCCAUGGAGUACUCUUUACUUAAUUUUUAAGGAUUCGUUUGCAUAUGAAAAAUUAGUCUGAGUUUCACCUAAUAUGUUUGACAUGCACCAAGAAAUUAGCAUCAGUGAACAUCUGAUAGAGAUGAAUUACAGCUGGACGCAAAUCUCAUAUUCUAGGGGUCCAAUCAGCAAGUAGAAAAAGCUUGUGCACUAUGUCUUAUCUCAUAUAUUUUCUACCUAUAAUACAAAGUUACAGCCUAAACUUCUUAUUUAUGGAUAAUUAUUUUAUACUUACAAACAUCAUUGUACAUUAUUCUUUGAAUUAAAAUUUCAAAUUAAAAACUUAAAACCAAAUACUACAUAAAACUUAAAAUGUGUUACAUUGUUACUUAGUUUAAACUGAUAUAUAAGUAUUUUGAAAUAAAUCUACACUGUUUCAUCUCUAUAUAUAUACAUUGAGAAAAGUAAUAAAAUUGGAUGUGUAACAGGGGCCUUGAUUGCUUUGAUUGUAUUUUUCAGUGAAAAUCUCAAAUAAAACGUGAUUUUUAAAAAGUG